GGGGAUCGACUCGCAUCCGUUUCAUCAAGUUCAGUCAGUGCGGGCUGCAGACUGCUGCUGGUCACAGACGACACUCAUUGACUUUUUUAAAUUAAAAAAAAAAGGUUUUGUCCCAUCACAGGAGACACCAUGAACACUCUGAACCAGCAGUACGAGGAGAAGGUGCGUCCCUGCAUCGACCUCAUCGACUCUCUCCGCUCUCUGGGUGUAGAGAAGGACUUGGCGCUGCCUGCCAUCGCCGUGAUUGGAGACCAAAGCUCGGGGAAGAGCUCCGUGCUGGAGGCGCUGUCAGGGGUGGCUCUGCCGAGAGGAAGCGGCAUUGUGACAAGAUGUCCUCUGGAACUGAGGAUGAAGCGAAAGGAGGAAGGAGAGAAGUGGUUUGGAAAGAUAAGCUACAGGAACUGUGUGGAAGAGAUAAAAAAUCCAGCGAUUGUGGAGGAAAAGAUUCGAGAAGCUCAAGAUAAAAUGGCCGGGGUUGGGGUAGGGAUCAGCGAGGAACUCAUCAGUCUGGAGAUCGCCUCCCCGGAUGUUCCUGACCUGACGCUCAUCGACCUGCCUGGCAUCGCCAGGGUGGCCGUAAAGGGACAACCAGAGGACAUUGGUGAUCAGAUUAAGAGACUGAUCCAGACGUACAUCCGAAAACAAGAGACCAUCAGCUUGGUGGUUGUUCCAUGCAACGUGGACAUAGCAACCACAGAGGCUUUGAAGAUGGCGCAACAAGUGGACCCUGAUGGAGAGAGGACUCUGGGUAUCUUGACCAAACCUGACCUGGUGGACAAAGGCACAGAGGAGACAGUGAUUGAAAUUGUCCAUAAUGAAGCCAUCCACCUGAAGAAAGGCUACAUGAUCGUCAAGUGCAGGGGUCAGAUGGAGAUCUCAAAGAAGGUGUCUCUUCCUAAAGCAUUGGAAAGAGAAAAAGCUUUCUUCAAAGACCAUGCACAUUUCCAGAUUCUCUAUGAUGAAGGCCACGCCACUGUCCCGAAACUGGCAGAAAAACUCACCCUUGAACUGGUGCAUCACAUCCAGAAAUCGCUGCCUCGACUGGAAGAGCAAAUAAAGAAGAAACUGAAACAGACGCAGGCGACAAUGACCAGAUACGGCAAAGAACCCCCAUCAGACGCAACAGAGAAACUCGGCUUCCUCAUUGACAGAGUGAUGGCAUUUACACAGGAUGCUAUCAGUCUUACCAAAGGAGAGGAACUAAAAUGUGGGAUGAGGUCCAAUACCUUCUACACACUCAGAUGUCAAUUUGCAGAAUGGAAUAAAACAACAGAGGACUCUGGAACAACAUUCAGCUGGAAUAUUGAGAGACAGGUGGGUCAGUAUGAGCAAAAGUACCGCGGAAGAGAACUACCAGGCUUCAUCAACUACAAGACUUUUGAGACCAUCGUCCAGGACCAUAUCAAACAGCUGGAAGAGCCUGCCAUCCUGAAACUCAAGGAAGUGUCAGAAAUUGUGAAGAAAGAGAUGUCUGAAUUGGCAGAGCAGAGCUUGGUUGGAUUUCCUAACCUCAUCAAAAUGGCUAAGAUGAAGAUUGAAGCCAGCAUAAAUGAGAAAGAAGCUGUGGCAGAGUCCAUGCUGAGGACUCAGUUUAAGAUGGAGAUGAUCGUUUUCACUCAGGACACCACCUACAGCAAGAAGUUGGGCAAGCGAAAAAGAGCAGAAGAACAGAAUAACGUGACGCAAAAAUCUUUAUUUAAUGGAUGCAUAAAUAUCAACAGUAACAACAGUGGGGCCUCCCUGAAAGAGAUGAUGAACCACCUUAAAUCCUAUUUUCAAAUUGCUGGCCGACGUCUCGCCGACCAGGUCCCUCUGGUGAUCCGCUACCAGAUCUUGCAGGAGUCUGCCACCCAGCUGCAGAGGGAGAUGCUGCAGAUGCUUCAGGACAAGGAGAAAAUCGAGUCCCUGCUUCAAGAGGACUGUGGCAUAAAAGCAAAGAGAAUCCACCUUGAGAAUCGCCGCCAGCGCCUGUCAAAGGCUCGCAGUCUGCUGACUGAGUUUAGCAUGAACAUAUUCAGCUUCAGCACCACGCAGAUGCAAAUGGACUGCCAAGCUUAAAACAUGAUGUGUAACUUUUUCAAAAGUUAGAUUGUUUGGUUAAAGUAUUGUGCACCAACUACAACAGUCAAACUUGUUACAGCAUCACGGUCAUUUAAACAUUACAUUGAGUGGCAAUUCAUGACAUGUUUCAUAAAUAUUUCCAGACUUUUAUUCAAUACUCUCAGUUCUCAGUUGUGUUUUUUAGUAUGACUUUUCCUCAGUAUGAGAAAAUACAAAUACUGUCAUUUUGAAAGCAAACACAACCAGCUGAUCUUUAAUGGCAAACAAACCUAAAUGAUAUAACCGAAGAUGAGGUAAGCAUUCGCUCCUCACUUGACUUUUUCACACAUUGCUAAUGUUUCAUUGCCCAUGCUUUAAAACAACUGAACAUAAAUUCAUAUUUCCCAUCAUUACUUAUGCAUGGCACUGUAUGUGUGGGCUCUAAUGGAGCUUAUGUUUUAUGUUGCUUAUGCACAGCACAGCACUGAAAAAGUGACAGAAUGCAGAGAAAAAUAUAACUUAGCUCAAAAUCAUCUGGUUGUUUUUGUAUGUUUUCACCUUUGCAGAGUUAACUGAAAAAGCCCAAACUGUUUUAUCAGAAUCUUUUUCUGGGCACGAGAAACUCUUAUGGUAUAAAAAAAAAAUAGCUGCUGCAGCAAAAAAACAGUUAAGCUUUCCAAAUAAACAGCCCGUUAUUAUUUUUUCUUGUUAUUUGAUUUGAUUUUUUUUGUUGUUGUUUAGUGCAAGACAAGUAUUAUCUCAUGCACUCCAGAAACUUUGGUUUGGUUUGCACGUGUGCUCUUUGUGUUGUGUGAAACAGGCUACCUAUUCACAUUCAGUUGUAAUAAAUAACUACCUGAAAUAUAAUAAAACAGAAACUAAAGAAGA